UGUCAUCUUUGUUGUCUAAAGCACUUGCAUUAUUAUAUGAUGAAACUCUAUUGUCAAGGUUUUGGAAGACAGUUGUAAAACAAAUACGCUUUAAAAUAUGUUUUUCAGAAAAAUGAACUGGUUGGGAACUCAAGCUGAGCUUUUCCGUCUCCUGAAAUUGAGAAGGUACAGGUGUACCUACGAAGGUGAUGAGGAGAAUCUAAAUUUUGUCCAGAGGGAUGAAUUGGAUAGGACCCACAGGGAAGACAGGGAAGAGCCAGAUGGAUCGUUAACCUCUACAGGAGCACAGGAUGCUGAAAAUUCAGCUAUAAGCUCACCUGGCGCUGGUUUGGACAGCAACUCCAAUCGUAUCACAACCUGGGAGGCUGGAUGGAACGUCACUAACGCAAUCCAGGGUAUUUUUGUUUUAGGACUGCCUUAUGCACUCCUACACAGUGGGUACCUCGGUUUACUUCUUAUCGUCGUGGCGGCAGUGAUCUGCAGCUACACUGGAAAAAUUCUCAUUGCCUGUCUGUAUGAGGAGAAUGAAGAUGGACUACCAAUUAGAGUCAGAAGUACUUACGAAGACAUUGCUAAUGCCUGUUGCAAGCAGCUGUUUCCCCGACUCGGUGGUAAAAUAGUCAAUGUGGCCCAGGUGGUUGAACUGGUAAUGACAUGUAUUUUGUACUUGGUCGUCAGCGGAAAUCUCAUGUUCCACAGUUUCCCAUACAUGCCUCUCUCUCAGGCAGCUUGGUCAGUCAUAGCAUUUCUCACCCUGAUGCCCUGCAUGCUGAUCCGCAACCUCAGGGUGGUGUCCAAGCUUAGCCUCCUUUGCUCCCUGGCCCAGUUCAUUAUCACUUUCAUAGUCAUUACCUACUGCCUAACCCAGAUUCACCGCUGGUCAUGGAGGAGGGUAAGGUUCUCUAUUAACUUUGAGAAAUUUCUGGUGUCUGUUGGUGUCAUUAUAUUCAGCUACACAUCACAAAUUUUUCUCCCUACCUUAGAAGGCAAUAUGAAAAAUCGAGGCAGCUUUGCAAAAAUGAUGACCUGGACUCACUUUUUUGCCUGUGUCUUUAAGACAGCCUUUUCUGUGCUGGCAUUCCUCACAUGGGGUGAAGAAACCAAGGAAGUGAUUACUGACAACUUGCCCACAACCCUGCGCAUGGUAGUUAACUUGUGCCUCUUAGCAAAGGCUCUCUUGUCCUAUCCUUUGCCCUUUUAUGCAGCAGCGGAGGUUUUACAAUGCUGCUUCUUGAAGUUAGACCUGACACACCCAAGUGUACAAAACAAGGCCUUAGCACUGCGUGGCUGUCUGUUGCUGUUAACGUUUUUAAUGGCUAUGUACAUGCCACAUUUCUCCCUCUUGAUGGGCUUAACUGGCAGCAUGACAGGUGCUGCUAUGACUUUUCUCUUACCCUCUCUUUUCCACCUGCAACUGAAAUGGCGAAAACUGGAAAUCAAGGUUAAGGUCCUUGAUAUUUCUAUUUUAGUACUGGGGUCCCUAUGUAGUCUGUCAGGAGUUAUUUGUUCAAUUAAAGGAUUAAUUGAAGCCUUUGGAAAUACAUAA